CGCUGUUAACUUAACAUAGUUCGCUGCUUCUUUUUUGUCCGUCCCGUGGACUUUUCUCCAGAGGAUUUUGAUUCCAAUUCGCAAAAGAAAAACACAAAUAAGCAACAGAUCGUGUGUUGGCCAACAACUAUACAGCCAGUGCUCGAUAUUUACUUGGAAGAACCGCGGAAAAACGCAACAACGCAGCAGGGAAGUCGCGCCUCCGCCUCCCAACCAAAAAACAAAAAAAAAAAACGAAAAGAUCUCGGAUCGCACAGGGUUUUAUUUUGGGCAACCACACUUGGACUGGUGGGUGCUCCGGUUCCGUCGACCUGUGGAUAGUGCCCAGUGGCGUCGCGUCGCUUUGGAUUAUGUCAUUUGUUUACGGGGAAUUGCCGCAGGCCCAGUAGCCAAUGUUGCAUCCGAAAGAGGCAGCGAAAACCUGUAAAAAUGUAGACUGUGUGCGUGUGUGUGUGGGCCAGUGCUAGUGUGUGUCCGUGUGUGUGCGUGUAUGUUUAUGUGAGCGGAUAAUGAACGUUUAGUUUUUGGUCGAUUCCGUAAGAUAUAUAGUGAAAUAGAUAUAGCCACGAGAUCCAGGGAGCGGUAGCCAUAUAUGUGCACAGCCACCGCCACCCGAUGGCCACGUUUAAUCCUGGCGCCAGCAGCAGUGCCGCCGAUAUCCUGAGCGCCACCACAGCAACAGCUACUUUUCUGGUGCCCACCACUGCAGCAGUGUCGCAUCCCGGUGCCCAUCCUGCCCAGCUGCAGCUGGACCAAUUCGGAGGCUUCUCGACGGCAACUCCCCUGCAGCACCAUCACCAUCAGCAGACGAACUCGUCAUACACCUUUGUGCAGAUCAAGAGGGAGCCCUGCCAGGUGUCCGAGAUCAGCUCCAAUAAUUGCCACCAGCAACAGCAGCAGCACCACCACCACCACCAGCAGUUGCAGCAUCAGGGCCUGUCCUCCGCCUCGCUGACCGCCUCCUCCAAGACCAUGUCCUCCUCCACACUGACCACUCUUGUCAAAAUAGAGGCUCCCUCGCCGAAGGUAUCGGAAUUGGAAAAGUCCUCAGGCAACUCCGUGCCCAUUGGCAUUGCCGUGGCCAGGAAGCGGCCGCAGGAAGCCCUGGUGCCGGCCAUCAACACGCCCGCUACGCUGCCGCUGCAGCCACCACUCAACAAGGACUUGAACUGCUUCGGCAUACGCGUCGCUGACCUCGGUGCCACCAGUUGCGGCAAUUUGUACUUUACGGGCAACGGCGACCUGAUGACCACCGGCACAGCCACCGCCGAGGAACUGGCUCUGAGUGCAGCAGGUGUGAACCGCGCACCCUCCACCUUCUGGCAGUAUCCAAAUGCAUUACCCAUUGAAUCAGUGAUUUCCAUGUCGCCCGCCACGGUGGGCCUGCAGUACUCGCGGGAGGCCAGUCGCGGACAGGUGGUGCUGCUGCCGGCCGGCCCAACAGCGCUCGCAGGCAUAUCAAAUUUUCCCCUCUUAACGCCCACAGAUCCGUUCCAGCAGGCAGCGGCUGCGGCGGCCUUCGUCUGGCCCUCGGCCUACAUCCCCCAGGCGCCGGCACCUGGUGGCCACUCCGCCGCUGCUGCAGCCGCCGCAGCUGCUUCGCUGCAGCCGACGCCCAACUUGUCCAGUUUGCCCAACUUAUUCUUCCCCUCGAUGGGCGGCCACCAGGCGCUGAGCACAACGCCAUCGUACGCAUCCACCCUGCAGCUGUAUCUGGCCGCAGCGGCCACGGCGACGGGCAGCUCAACGUUGUGCCAGCACAGCAAUCAGCAGACCAGCACCACAACCACCAAUUCCACCAUUAAUCUGAGUCUGGCCGCUGGUUCGGGGGUCACGCAAAGCGGCAAUGCAGCUAGCAGCCUAAGUUCCAGCAGUAGUCUCAGUGCGAGUAGCUCCCGGUUCCUUAGUCUGGCCACUGGACAGCCUGGGAUUCCGUCACUCCUCUCCUUGCCGCCGCCGCCAGGAAUGAAGGAGGAGUACUCAAUGCCGCUGGCAUUGCCGCCCCUUGUGCCGCUUGAGGCGGCGCGGGAUAAGGAGCAGGCCUUGAACCUGAUGCGUCUGCCCACGCCGCCCACCUCGGCCACCAUGGAGCCGUCUUCCCUAGGCCAUGCAACGCCCCACCAUCUCUUCCAGUCGGGUGCCAUGGCUACGCCCACGCCAGCAUUGCUCAACCUAUCGAUGCAUGGCAACGGUGGAGAGCUGCCUUCUGCCACGCCGCUGCCUGUGGUUAGUGAUGAAGCAGCGCUGAACUACAAGCUGCAUGCACCGUUGACGCCGCAGACACCUCCUCGCCUGGCGGAGAUUCCUGUGCCGGGAUCAACUCAACUUCUGCCGCAAAUGCAGGAUGUCAAUAUACAGACAGAUACGCCCGUUUGUAGUGAGGACGAGAGCUUCCCGGGCUCGGCAAAGCCGCAGGAUUCUGCUGCAGACGCAUUUCCGCCUCCAAUCCUUGUCCAGCCGCUGGAACUAACGAAGCCCAGUGAAACCAGCCAUACCCAGCCGACCGAGUGCCAUACCCAGACCGAACCCAGUGACAUACCCAGUGCCAGCCAGGAGGAGUCAGCGGAGCAGACUCCCCCGGAACCCAUAGAAACGAUGUCGCAAGCCACGCAGGCCGAUCAGACAGCCCCCGAGGACUUGACCGGAUUGGAGCUGCUCUCGAACAUAAGCACCAAUAGCAAGCCACUGGUGCGAGUAAAACAGGAGCCGGUGGAGCACGUAGAGCAGCCACCGCCACAGCCGCAGCCUGUGAAUAUAAUGCCUUCAGAGCCUACGCCGCCAAUGCUGGAAAUGGAGCCCACUUCUGCACCUGAGCCACUUGGCGGUCUCAAGCUGCUGUGCGCCCUGGCCGAGCAACGCAUCCAGGAGGAGGUGGUGCAGGGCAGCAGUCUGUUUGCCACGCCAUCGUCGCGAACGCCCACUCCUACGUCGCAGGCUCUGGGAACGACAGCUGUGACGCCGCCCGUUUUCGAGGCCAAGUCCUGUUUCGCCUUUGGGCAAACGCAGGGUUCCGUCUUCCCCUCCUCAUCAUCCUCCUUUCAGAUGCCAUUAAGCUCACCCGGUUUCCCCUCGAUGCAGGGCAUCGAGCUGCCAUCCACGUCGGCUAGUGCCGUUGCCGAGCUGACUCCUGUGAAGCGCAAGAAGCACAAACAUUCCAAGUCCUCAGGCAGCGACAGCCGCAAGUCGGCGCGUUGCAGCAAGAAAAGCAAGAAGAAGCGGCGCCACAGCAGCAGCCGCCAGCAGUUGUCCGCUUCGGCGGAGGAGGAUCUGGACCUGCAUGACGAGCAGCUGCAGUCGGAGCUGCGCAGUGCCCUCCACGCCCUGGAUCCCAGCUACGCGCAGCGCUUUGGCCAGGAGGUGUUUAGCAUCAUGGACAAUAGUAUGCGUAUGCGACUGGCGGACGUAACGCGGCAGUAUCGCAAGAAGAAGCGGAAGCUGGACGAGAUUUCCAAGCACAAAAAGAAGAAGAAGUGCUCCAAGCAGCAGCUUCAGCUGCAACAACAGCAGGCAUCGCAACAGGCAGUGCAGCCACCUUCUGCUCUGCAACAGCCACAGAUGACGCUGUCCAGUGUCCUGGGGACUUCAUCCCCGCUGCGCGAUUACAAGUUCCCAAAGUUUUCGAGCAGUAACCUUCAGGCGUCGAGUUUUUUGCGAUUCCCGGACAAGACGCACUCCUUCCCCCCACCGCCGUCCCUACAGCAAUCCCAACCGGAGCCCAAUCCCUUGCCCAUCAGCAGCUCACCGAGUACCUCGUCGUUCGUCCGCCUGGAACCCAGUGCAUUGGACGCGGCCGUUGCCAUUGCACCAACUACCUCUGCGACUUCCGCCUCCUGCUCACCAUCCACCAAGCAGGCGGCUUCUGCGGUGCGGAAGCAGCGAAAGAUGAAGGCGAACACCGGCGGCGCCGCCGGAGAACAAACAGCGGCUACGGAGGCAAAGCGGCGGGUUAGUGCCAUUGACCGCGAGCUUCAGCUGACCAGCGAACACCUGUAUCGCGAUGAGACACGUGUCCUGACGGACAUGGGCGGACUCUUCUAUGCGGGUGUAAUGAAGCCGUUGCGUCCGCCAGAUGUGUAUUCCAUCACAUUGGACGGCGAGCGUGGCAACAAGUCGCAUGUAAUGUCGCGCGAGGAUAUACUCAAGGAUACGAUCCUCGAGGUAUCUCCGAAGAGCGUGGAGAGUGUCCCAGUGGGUACGCGCCUGUGCGCCUACUGGAGUCAGCAGUACCGAUGCCUUUAUCCUGGACGUGCCAUCGACUCCGAGCAAGUUGUCGAUGGAGUGGCCAGCAGCGCCACGAAUUCGGCUACGACAGCGCCGGACUUUGUCAGCGUAGAGUUCGACGAUGGCGACAGCGGCAGGAUCCGCUUGCAGAACAUCCGCAUGCUUCUCAGCGAUUAUCCCAUAGCAGAGUACAACGAUAAUCCCCUCUACUCAGUAGGCAAGCAGAAGCGAAGCGCUCUGCGCGGGGGUGAAAGUGGACCUGUAGGAGCCUCUCAGGACCACUUGAACGUGCCCGGCUGCGAGGAUUCGCACAGCCACCAUAGCCUGGGGAUGAGUAGCGAUAACACCACUUCGCUGGCGGCAACUAUGGAGUUGUUCACGCAGCGCAGUGAGAAGAAGCGCCUAAAGAAGAGCCUCAAGAAGAUGUCCAAAGCUCAAAAUGGCAUUAGUCCGGCCACGGCAACCAACGGUGGUGGUGAUGCCGCUGCCUCGGGUGUCAGUGCAGAAGACGCCGCUCGCAAGCAUCACAAGCACAAGAAACGCAAGAAGCACAAGAAGCAUCACCGCAAGAAUGGCAGCGAAGAGCAGGAGCAACAGGUCGUCCAGCAGGACUUCUCAACGGCUGGACAGGAGGCGACAGAGGCGCCUUCCACAGAGAUGGCAGCAGCAGCGGCGCCAACCGCGAAUCGCGUUAAGGUGGAGGUCAAAGUGAAGACAGAGCAGCUGGAGAUGGAAGAGGAGUCCGCAUCCAAUCUCAUGUCAGAGAUAUCCGAUGAGGCCAAGGGCGACGAUCUGGUCGAGCAUAACAACUCCAAGGGCAGCAGCAAGAUAGCUGCCUUCCUGCCAGAACGGCAGCUAUGGGGUUGGUAUGGUACCGCCUAUCGCAAGGCGGGCGUCAAGGGACGCGCCAGAAAGCAAUUUUACAAAACAAUCAAAAGGGGAAAGGAGACUAUAACGGUCGGGGACAGUGCAGUAUUUCUAUCGACGGGCAGACCAGAUCGACCCUAUAUCGGGCGCAUUGAGUCCAUGUGGGAAACGACCACGGGCAACAAGGUGGUGCGUGUGGCGUGGUUCUAUCAUCCGGAGGAGACCACCGGCUGUCCAAAAUUGAAAUUUCCGGGUGCUCUUUUUGAAUCGCCGCACGAGGAUGAGAACGAUGUGCAGACCAUUUCGCAUCGGUGUGAGGUGCUGCAGUUUGGCAGUUACUUUGAGAAGUUCGGUGCCGAUUCGAAGCAAUAUCAAUCCAUAUACGAUAACAAUGAUACAUAUUAUUUAGCCGGGCACUAUAACCCAAGGUUACAAGUGCUAAAACUACAAGACGAUAUUCCAACUCUCGAAGAGCUGCAGGAUACAAAUACUACUACUACUACAGAAACUACUACCGAGGAUUAAGCGAGAAGUGGAUAGGCGUGGUUAGGCAUAGUGCAUACAGAUCUAUAUAUAUACAAUAUAUAUACAUUAUACAUAUAUUUUACUAUACGUGAACAGAUGAAGCAGAUAUAUACCUAUAUGUAUACAAAUAUUAUUUCUAUAUAUUUUAAAUGCAUUACGUAUUUCGAGAACUCAAAAAAGCAAACAAAAAGAUCACUGGCGAGAGUAAAAAACAAGAGAGAGAACAAGGAACUAAGCAACAACUACUAAAUUAAUGUGUAGUUACGAGAAGCGCAAGCAAUUUUAAGUUUAAUUUUGUAAAAAAAAAACAAAACGACAAGACCGAAAAAGCGCUUUGAUGACGACAAUGUUGAUUCACUUCAAGUUCACCGAAAGUUUACAAACGAAAUGUGUGCUUCUACAUCCCUUGGACCCUUUGAACCUUUGGACACAACACAACACACCCAACACAACACAACCAACAUACCAGUAUACCAAGCAAUCAACCAACAAACACAGUAAACUCUUUGAUCAGAAGCUAUAGCUACAGAUAUGGGAUACACUUGUUAAUUGGCGUGUAUACCUACAUGUUUCAGAUGAAAUUUAGAAAGUGUUUUAAAGAUUUUAAGCAGGCAACAUGCAGCAACUACUACUAUAAAUGUAACAAUUCAAUGUGAUAGCAAAACAAAACCAGAUGUUGAUGUGUACAGAGGAGAGAAUAAGUAUAGAUGAUAAAUAAGAGAUCAAGCAGAUUGUGUGUGUUGAAUAUUUACAGUUUGUUUUAUUCAAGAUGAACAGCAACGUAUAAAAUCAAACCUAUCUUUAAUUACAUCAAUAAACUUGCCGGAUAUAUUGAAA